AUGCUGGACCUCAGCGUUGGCGAUGGGAAGACCUGCAUGGGUGCAAUCCUAUCAAAUGCCACCAUGGUGGGCAUUUGCUUCACAGAUUCUCAUGUUGAGAUGCUCUACAAACGGCUAGAACAGUGUGUCUUUCAGCAGUAUCAGGAUGCGGACUCGCCGUUGCAUGAGCCGGCGCUAAUGGGGCUUCUUGGGAAAGGUAAGAAGCCGAAGGCUAAAGCAAAAUCUACCGCCAGGAAGAGGAAGACGCCCAAAGGCGAUGAUGGUGAGCAAGCGGGGGAGGAGGAGCCUGAAGAGGACGCAGGGGAGGAAAUGGAAGAAGAGGGGAUCGAACAGGAGGAAGAGGAUGAAGAGGAGCCGGAAGAGGAUGAAGAGGAAGAUGACGAGGAAGAGGAUGAUGAGGCCAGUUUCGUUAGACUAUUCUCCAUAGCUAUUAUGCCUGAAGUCCCAAACCGCCUUUAA